CGCAGGCGCACCGCUGGCCGGGACCAGCGCCUGCGCAGUGAGGCGAUCCAGAUGAAGGAGGCCUGCAGCGACAGAACAGGAACCAAGCUGUCACUGAGGGGUCGUCCGUGCGGAAAAAGCAGACAGGAGACACCUGGGAAGUAGCGGGUGGGGUGAGGGCUGUGCCGACUACAGAAGAAGAGUCCAUCCCUCUUCCCACCCUCCUCCGCCCUCCCAAAGUGUCCGACACUACACCCCAAGGGAUGGCAGCCCCACCAAAGGGAGACAGAGUGAGGCCGCUGCGAGAGGAGGAGGAGGAGGAGGAGGAGGAGGAGGAGCCUGCCCCCAUUGCCUCCGGAGGAGGAGGAGGGCUGAGCAACCAGGGCGGGCGGCGCCCCCGACACCAGUGCGGCGUCUGCGGCAAGGGCUUCCUGCACCCGUCGUCGGUGAGGACCCACCAGCGGGUGCACACGGGUGAGAGGCCGUUCCUCUGCGCCUCCUGCGGCAAGGCCUUCAAGCACCUUUCCGAGGUGACCGUCCACGAGAGGGUGCACACGGGCGAGAGGCCGUUCGCCUGCAGCGUCUGUGGCAAGGCCUUCGUCAACUCCUCCAACCUGCUGACCCACCGGCGGGUGCACACCGGCGAGCGGCCCUACAAGUGCGCCGUCUGCGGCAAGGACUUCACACAGUCUGGGGAGCUCAAGAAACACGGCCGGGUCCACACCGGCGAGCGGCCCUACAAGUGCGCCGUCUGCGGCAAAGGCUUCACCCGCUCUCCCCACGUCAAGCGACACCAGAGGGUCCAUGCCCGGCAUCUGGGCGCCGUGACUCUCUGAUGGACUCCCCUCUCUCUGCCAGCUUGAUCUCCAGGAAAGGGGUGGCGUGCAAACUCUCCGUCUCUCUCUCUGUGUGUCUCUCUCUCUCACGUGAUCUCCUGUCAUUGUUGUGAUGUUUGUUGUCCAUCCGGCUCUUGGCCCCGACCCACACACACACACACACACACCCAGAUUCCCGCCGGCAAACCCCAGGCAGGAAAGGCCAAUGCUUUUGUCUGUGAGUGAGCUGUUUGUUUCAGGAAGUGGUCGGCACUGUCUAUGGACGUGCACACACACACUGACACACUGACACACUGACACACUGACACACUGACACACUGACACACUGACACACUGACACACAGACAC